CACAAAAACACCCCCGUCGUCGCGGCUGACGAAAAACCAACAACCAAAAGUAGAAGCAGACUUUUUUGCACAAUUUUCUUCAUCGUUUUGUGAUUUAUUACAAACAAAAAAGACUUUUGAUUGCUUUAAAGUUGAUAGUGAGCUGAAAGUGUCUUUUCCGUAAAAGUGCUUCGUCAAGGAAAAAAAAUUGGUGGAGGACAAAAUUUGCACAACAACAACUCAAGAAGAAGGACGAAAAAAUCGAUUUCGAUCCUUGGCCGUGCGGGGACAGACGCGAAGUAAAGUUGAAAAGUGAGCUAACGUAAUGUUGAAACAAGCAGAGCCAUCGUCAAACGGAUGGUAACUGCCAAGUGAAAUCCUCCGGCAGGAAGUUAGCGAGCGAUUCCUUUUGUAUCGUUUAUUGGAAAGAAGAGCGGCCAGAAGCAGAACUUUCGGCAAUGAUGGCCACGAAGAACCCAAUCCUACACAUUUUGGUGGUGGGAUUUCAUCACAAGAAAGGAUGUCAGGUCGAAUUCUCCUACCCACCCCUAAUCGCCGGCACCGAGGGCCGCCAGGAGUGUCCCUCGGGCUGGAAAUACCUCCCUACAUUGGCCCUGCCCGACGGUUCGCACAACUUCAACAAGGACUUUGUGUGCUUCAAUCUGCCCAGCCUCGUCGAUCCGCACGACUCGAUUUACGGCAUCAGCUGCUACCGGCAGAUUCCGGUGGAGGAGUUGAAGAUUCGCACCGCCGACGUGACCCGGAGCACGGUUCAGAAGUCGGUUUGUGCGCUGCUUUCGAUUCCGAUUUACGGCUACGUCGAGGUGAAGCUGUCGCUGAUUGCGCACGCGUACUUUGAGCAGGGUGACUUUGACUGUACGGAGAUUCUGGUGCGGGCGUACGAACAGCUGAAUGCUUGUUUGACUUCGAUGGAUCCGCUGGAGGAGUUGGCUCCGUCGAGGUUGCACUUUGUGGGACUGCCGCUGCGGGAGCUGGUGCUGAAGUGGCGCCACAAACUGCUCAUGCUGUACAAGCUGCUGCUGCUGCAGAAGCGAGUCGUCUGCUACGGAUCGCCGGUUCAACCGAUUUGCGCACUGAUUUUGGGGGUUGUUUCACUUCAUCCCGGGUUGCUCGCGGAUGGGUUCCAGGAGGUGGCGUGUGUUAAAACUUCCCGACCGAUGUCGCCGAUGCCCACCUUCGGAACUCCCCAGGAAGAGCAGAAGAAAUUCUCACCGGUGUCCGCGUCCCCCGUGGAAGAAAAAGCAGCUCCCACCGAGCCCAGCCCCGUCGACUCCCCCAUCGAGCUCCCCAAAGAAGAUCACGAAGACACGCUCAGUGCGGGCAGUACCAAAGAGUUGACGACGACGCCGGGCUCCGACGAGGUGUCCCAGUGUUCGCUGGAAGACGCGGCGCGGAAGCAGCCCGGGCUGGUGCGCGAAACGAGCGUGGACACGAUUGCCGCCAACUUUGCCAGUCUGUGCGCCAUCAAGCCGGACGAGUGGGCCGCCCCGAUCCGGAUAUUCCACGAGGGGAAUCUCUGCCUGCCGUACAUUUCGCUGCCGUACAUGGACCUGCUGAGCGAUCCGUCGGUCAAGGGGUACAUCAUCGGGGCUUCGAACGUGCUGUUUCAGCAGAAGCGGAACCUGGCGGACGUGAUGAUUGACGUGGAGAAUGCCGUUAUUGAUGUGUACGAGUUGGAGUUGAAGCGGCAGGUGCAGCUCAGCACGGAGGAUCUGCGGUUUGCGGAUUUUAUCAUUAAAAAUGUGCAAAAUCCGAAGGAGGAUGCCGAGGGGAGCGAGGUUUGGAUUCGGGAGCAGUUCUACGGGUACAUGGUGGCGAUGGUCAAGUCGUCGCUGCAUCCAGAGGGCAGCAAAGAGCUGGAACACUUCAACGUAAGCUUCAUGAACGCGCUCAAACAGACCGCUUGCUACCAAGACUGGCUAGCGCGCAGUGACGGCGGCACGAUCGCGGCCUUCGAGAACCAGAUCGUGGGCCAUCCGUUCGCGGGAACUCUUUCGGUAGCCGACAUGAAGCUCCGAAUUGCACAAACCAUGCAAAACAGCGAAAGUGGCCGCAAGCUCAACCAGGCGGUCAACAGUACUAGUCGGGUGGUCGGAGGUGCCCUUACCACGGCCAAGGGCGCCUUCUCGACCUGGUGGACAUCGAUCACGGCGGCGGUUCCGGCUGGCCAGCAGCAGCAAUCGUUGCAACAACCCACCGCACAAAGCACGAACAAUAGCACGACGACCAGCGAAGAGUCGGACGCGGAUGUUGAGGCCGCCGAAGUGGACGACAGUGACGAUUACAGCGAGGAGGAGGAGGAGCAGGAGAAUGAAGAAAAUGACAGUCAGAGCAAAAACUUGAGGAACAACCUGGUGGAGCUUCCCAGUCAAAUCGAGACGGCCGAGCCGACGCUGGAAGUGACAAACAAUAUAAUCGAAAUUGGAAAGGAGGCUGAAAUGCUGGACCGGAAGCAGAGAAUCUUUAAUGUUUAAGCGCCCGAAGGGGCACAUCCUCGAUUGAGCUGGACUCCAAAUUAUGAUUUAAAUCAGUUUAAAUUUUUGUUUCCUUCGCAUUUAUGCCGAACCCAGUUUGUGCUGACACUGAAAAGAAUUUCCUUCAGUUAAAUAAUUUUUUGAAUUCAUUCCAAAAAAGAAAAAAAAAGAUUCAUUUGAAUUUCCUUUUUUAUUUUCCUGCAAAAUUGCAAAUGUCGCUGUUGUACUUAUACAGUAAAGAGCAAAAAUGUGUUGUCCGAACUGGACCCAAAUAGUAAAUGUUAAUAAUUAUGAAACGUAAACAUUUUUGCUAAAAAGAAGACAAAAACAAACCCACAAACGUUGAGCAUGUGUAAAAUCAUCGUGUGAUAAAAUAAUAUAUUGUAGUAGGUCCUACAACAGAAUAGCUGUUAGAACGAUAUGAAGUCAAACAACAACAAACAAAAUGGAGGGUUACACAAACAUAAGACAAAUAAAUCAUCAACUUAACUCAUUAAA